AUUUAGUAUUUGGUGUUUGAUCUGUGCGGUCUCAGUGGAGAGGCUCCAACAACAGAACUGAAAGAUUCACACAUCACUUAUGAUAAUCCAGUUAUACCUACCUUUAAAUACAUUUUCUGAUCAUUAAUUUAUGUCCGUAUGAUUUAUUUUAAAUGCAGAAGUUUGACUUAUAAUUUUCACUGUUGCAUUGACUGAAUGGUCUGACUGAUUCUUCCAGAAUCACAGCAGACUACCUGAAUGUAGAAUCACAAUCUGUCAGUUGAAUGAGAGACCAAACGGUUCCACAACAAAUGAAGAACCAAACAAUGAGGGACACGCGCUCUCUUUUUCCCCCACCCUUUAUUUUCAUGUUUAUCGAUAUUUUUCCACUGGUUCGUUACUUUUCCUCAAAGUGAAGGUGUGCCGUCACACAGAAUUCCUGUUUUUAAAAAUCCAAAUUUCUUCUGCUGUGAAACGUGAGGAGUUCUUAUUAUUCUGAGCGCAUUUCAAAACACAAGCCUGCUAUCAGUGUCACUUAGCACCAUUCUAUCACUCCAGCCAUAGAUUUGUCGGUUUGCUUGUUAGCAGAUGAUUGGCUGUAGAGAAGUGAUUCUCCUGAAAUACUAUUAUCUCUCCUCUCCUGUCGUCUGAUCACUGUGGGGUUCGAUUGGAGCUGCGAGUAAGCCAAUCAGAAACGGCCGCUGGCCACCUGCAGGAAGUUGGCAGUCCACUUAUCUCCUCCCUCCUCCGCCUGCAGCCAGAUAACAGCCCCUACAGUUGGAUCAAGUAUUAGCGAGUCCACCACCGCAAACUGAUGGGCACCAAACCACUGUAACGGUCUCCUCCAUAGCCCUCAAAGACUUGUGUUUAGUGAGAUUCGGGUAGUCAGCAGAGUACAGUCCGCGCUGAGGUUCCAGCAGAUGUUUGUAGUAUGUAAAGAAGUUCUUCUGAGAUACUGUCGAUAAAGAGGAAGGCUGUGGGAGAGAAAGGAGGGACGCAGCCUUCCGUCAACUCGAUUCCAGUGCGCAGCGACUACAAAAGGCACCAUGAGCGUCCCGCUUUACGCACCGACCCCCAUCCAGCCGGCUCACCCGACACCCUUCUACAUCGAGGACAUUCUGGGGAGGACUGCCACCACCACCUCAUCUUCCUCUUCUUCUUCUUCCUCCUCCUCCUCUUCUUCUUGCUCCACUCCGAUCUUCCCCACACCGACUCUCCCGUCGCCCAACUCCUCCUUUACAAGUCUCAUCUCACCGUACCGGACACCGAUUUAUGAACCCACACCGAUCCACCCGGCACUGUCUCACCAUGCUGCCGCAGCGUUGACGGCAGCGACCUACGCCUCAGCCGGGACCUUCGCCGGCUCCAUCUACCCGUUCCACCACCAACACCACCGCUCUAUGGGGGAGUACGCACAGGCGCUGCUGAGGCACGACCCUCUCGGGAAGCCUCUGCUGUGGACCCCCUUCAUCCAGCGGCCCUUACAUAAGAGGAAGGGCGGACAGGUUCGGUUCUCUAACGACCAGACCAUCGAGCUGGAGAAGAAGUUCGAGACUCAGAAGUACCUCUCACCUCCGGAGAGGAAGAGGCUGGCCAAGAUGCUGCAGCUGAGCGAGAGACAGGUUAAAACCUGGUUCCAAAAUCGACGCGCAAAGUGGCGCAGACUAAAACAGGAGAAUCCUCAGGGGGGUAAGGGGGAGGUGGAGGAUGACGGUUCUGCCGGGAGGAGUAAUAAAAGCGACGCCAUGAGCGAGUCUUCCGGGAUCCAGAACACGGAGCACAGACACACAGUCCCGGCCUCCGAGCUGGCACCGACGGGCCGCUGCGGGCGCUCCAUGUCCCCGCAGCAGCCCCACACGGAGUUGGACUCUGACGUAUCAGAUGAUACAGACCAGGACCUGGACAUAGAGGACGACGCAGAGUUCACGCUGAACCCUUAGUUCUGGUUCAGGCUCCACACUGAUACUGGAUCAACUUGGACAUAAGGAGCUGGAUGACGCAGAUCACAGGACUCCUCUGACUCCUCUGGGGUUGUUUUACGACAGAAUGACAGACCAGAUGAGUCUGUAGACCAGGUCCUGAGGUAGUACAAGCAGGUCACCAUCUUUAAGUGCCUUUCAUUCAGAACUCGGUAUCUAAACGUUCUUCUAUAUAAAUCAUGUUGUUCUGCUGUGUGUGUGUGUGUGUGUGUGUGUGUGCGUGCGUGCGUGCGUGCGUGCGUGUGUGUGUGUGUGUGUGUGUGUGUGUGUGGUUGUUGCUGUGGAUGAACAGCAUCACUGUAGAUUACUGUAGAUUUCUGUUCUGUUCUGAUGUUAAAUGAUGUGAUAUUCAUUCAAUAAUCAAUGUAGCGACAAUCAUGUGUGUUUUGGUGAUAUCUAAUAAACUAUUUUUAUUGUGCUAAGAAUAAAUGUGUCACUUUGGAAUGAAGCUCA